UCGAAGCGUGCAGUUGGUUCACGUCAGGCAUUUGUCCGAGAAUUGUUAGCUUUCAGUGUUAUUCUGCUUUAAAUUAAAAGAUAAACCCCGAAUAGAUAUAAACAGGUUUUCUCUCGAAGAGAAUGACAAUAUUUUAUUAAGUUUUUCAGUUUUAGGAAAAAAAUUUCAACUAUCGCUUAACAGUGACUUACAGUAUAGUGCACAGUGAGUGGAAACAGUCAGCAAAAAAAGGUUUGCUGUUUUUUUUAUUCAUGCUGGGGGAGCGAAUAUUUUAUACAUGCAAUAACAGCACGGUACAUCGUGUGAGAAAAAGAGCGAAUUGUACGAUUGAAGAGAGCGAUUCAUUUUCGUGCGUUUUGCUAAUCAACACUACUAGUGAGCGGAGAGAAACAGAUUGGAUCACAGCAUUGGUGCCAUCGAGCAACGGCUAGCCGCGCAUAUAUUCAUCAUCACUGAGUGUUCUGGCGGUAAUCGGUAUUGUCACAAGCGGUGUUUACGCGCAUCACCGACAAGAGAGCGCCUAAUAACGACCACAUAUCUAAACGCUUCACUUCAUCAUCAUCGUUGUCCAAAAUUGGUGAAUGGAGGGACUUGGGGUGGUAGUGUCGCAAGGUACGGACGAAACAGCGACAGGAGAAGGUGGUGGAGCAGCAAAGAUAUGUGUAGUAGAACAUCAUGCUUUUGCAGCCGUUCGCGGCGAAGGGAAUAAUGUAAGAAAGGUGGAUGGUGCGAGCCAAAAUCAGCAGCAAUCGCGGUCACAUGGCAAUAAAAAGCAGAACAAGCAUUUUUCGCGGCAUCAAAAUAAAAAUAAGAAAUGGAAGUUAAACAAGUUCAGAAGGAAUCAAAAGGACUGCAGUGGAAAGAAAAAAGACAUCCAGAAGAGCUCCGAUUGUCCUUUAGGUAGUGGCAAAGGGGACGACAAACAAAACCAAUCCAGUGGUAAUGUGGACAUAAAAAUUCAACAGAGUGGCGGGAAGAGUAAACAUUCUAACAAAAAUCCCAACAGUUUGAUGCAGGUUAGGACAAAACGGUUACAGGCUGUAUCUAAAUUUUUCUUGCCAGAAAAACGGCCUCGGAAGGAUUGCAUUAUUCCUCCGACGAAGUUUCUGUUAGGAGGAAAUAUUUCCGAUCCGUUGAAUUUGAACAGCUUGCAAAACGAAUCAGAAAAUGCUGUUACACCGAAGUCAUCUCCAAUUCCGACACCCCCACACUACAAGAAUAAAAUCGAAGUCAUAAUACCGCCAAAUAUCAACGAUCCUCUCCACCUGUUGGAUCCAGUAGAUUCUGUAGAAUACGAAAUGCAACUCUGCUCUCCGAUGAAGAAAAAACAGAGGGCCAGAAACAAACGUAAACGAAAAUCUAAAUCCGACAAAAAUAAUCAAAGCUGGGAUAGCAGCACAGGUAACAUCAGUGGGCCGUUGGGUACAAGUCUUUCAGAAACGGAGGCUACUACUGCGGAGGAGGCUCAAGUGGAAGCACCAACUGGGACUAGCAGUAAAGACAUUGACCACACAUUGGAGAGUGGUAAUACUGGCGAUCGCGAUCGAACCAGCCGGAACUUAAAACUGGACUUGGAAAUUUGCAGAAAGCGUAAAGUAAGCGAAAGUACAUGUACAAGUAAGAAUAAAGUGCGACGUAUGGAUUCUAUGGAUAAAAUUGUUAGUCCGGUUGUACCACAGCCUGGUGCUUGGAAACGUGGUCAUUGGCCAACACUACCUGUCGGUGGACGUAAUCGCACAAGAACACAAUCCUGCACUUCUAAUAGUGAUGAUCCACCAACCAAACAAGGUGUUACAGACUUAGACGUGAGUACGGAAUUAAUUCAUUCGUCUGAGAUUUCCCAUCUACAAACAAAUGAAGAGCACUCUAAAGAUCCUGCUCCGGAACCAAGUGGCAAAACCAAAUCUCAAGAAGACACAAAGUAUCAUUAUGGUAACUACGAUCGGUACUAUGGGUACCGAAAUUUAAACGAGUUCAUUGAUGUUCGAUUAAAGGUGUUCCUGCGAAAUCCGUACCUUUUUCGCGACAAGGAUGUUCUUGAUAUUGGAUGCAAUGUCGGUUUGAUGACAAUUGCCGUAGCAAAAAUGCUGCAUACGAAAAGUAUUACGGGUAUUGACAUCGACAGCAAAUUAAUUGGCAAAGCUCGUCGAAAUUUGACAACACACGUUAGAGUCCCUCAAGAACAUAUUAAAAUCAAGAAAGAAAGUCACAAAGCUCAUAAAGACUCUAAGCCUCCUCCGACAGAUGAAGAACAAAUAAUCCCAGACAAAAAUGUACAAACCCAGCAAUCUGUCGCAGAAUCUUCCAAAAAGUUGAGACAGAAAGUCAAACAAAGUCAUCGACGCAAGUUCAUUGGAAAUCGGUAUGGACACGGACAUGGGAAACACCAUCAUAACCAGCAGCAGAAGAAGGAUCAUAGGAAAGGAAAAGCGGAAUAUUUUCCGAUUUCGUUUCCGCUUUCAUUGAGCAACCUUGGAGCGAGGAAGUGUCGAUUGGAUUUAGUUUCACCGGACCGAUUUUUCCCAAACAACGUUACAUUCAGAACGAUGAAUUACGUCUUGAAGGACGAAUCGCUAAUUACCUACGACACCCAACAGUACGAUUUAAUAUUGUGUUUAUCUGUCACCAAAUGGAUCCAUCUUAAUUUCGGUGACAGUGGGUUAAAAACUGCGUUCAAACGAAUGUUCAACCAUUUGCGACCAGGUGGGAAACUAAUUCUGGAAGCUCAGAAUUGGGCUAGCUACAAAAAGAAGAAAAAACUUACUGAUACUAUCUUUGAAAACUACAGAAACAUUGAGUUUUUCCCUAAUAGAUUUCAUGAUUUUCUGCUAAGUCCUGAAGUGGGUUUCAGUCACAGUUAUCCGCUCGGUAUACCUCGACAUUUGAGCAAAGGAUUCCGGCGACCAAUUCAGCUUUACAUCAAAGGCGAUUUCACACCGAGCCAGGCACAAUGGAGUGAUACGUACAAUCCUCAAACACCAUACGUAAAUCAUCGAAAUAUCUAUUCGGACAUUGCGACCCCAACAAGGAACAAUUGCAUAUGGGGGUCAACAACGCCAUACCAACCGAGUUACAGUACCCGUUGUACACCUUCACACGAAUUCAUGGCUACAUCACCCUAUUACAAUCCCCGGCAAACGGACAGUUAUCAACCGAGCUACGGUGCUGGAACUCGCCGUGGUAGUUACUGUUUUGCUUCACCACUUUACUCGACAACCUGGUCGCCACCAUCAGACUUGUGUCACAGGCGGUCCGCAUCCAACACCCCCAAUUCGGCCAGUAUUAGGAGCGCGGAAAACGAUGAAAAUUUCAACGCACAACAAAACCGGCCACACGUUUAUCCACCCAUGGAAGUAUUCCCGUUGGAAACUUCGGGACGUUCAGUAGCAUCUGGUAGCGUUCGACAGACGGACUCCGAUUCUGAACCGUCUUCGAACUCGGCUUCACAAACACCAACUAGACCACAAUUUGAUAUGGACCAAUCGUCAAACUCACCCAGUACGACGAACUCCCAGCCGGACAAGUAGAGCAAAGUGCAGGUUUGAUUUUCUUCGCAAUGUAUUUUAUUCUGUGAUUAAAUAUUCAUUUUGGCACAUUGUCCCAAAUCUUUAACUAUUCAUUCAUGCGAUACUAGUCCGUUUGCUUUGUAGAAUGCAGUUUCUGAAGUUGCACAGAAUAAGUAAUUGUAAAGGCAAGGAAAUUUGCCUUGUCUAUAUAAGAUUUUAUUUUGUAUCUCAGGUAACUGCUUUAGUCUAUUAUAAGGCACAUUUGUAAAUAGUCUGUAAGAGGAUUGCAAAUCUUGUCGACUAAUAAGAAUAUAGAGUAAACUGCCCAUAAAAGUACAAUAGAACCGUUAUUACCGUAGACAAUCUAUGUGGAAUGGAAAUCUUUGCACUUCUAUGCAGUUUGUUACUUGUGCCAA